AUGUCACUCGACGCUGAACAAUCCGCACGUCGCAUUCCAUCUUUGGUGCAAAUAUGCCAGCGAGUUGCAGCCGCGCAUAGUGAUAGCAUAUGCGGCCUUAGUGGCGGUAUUCGCUAUGACUUGCUUAUCCCUAUCCUGGAGAGCUGCUCCCCAGAGACCCUACUCCGGCUAGAACAGGAUAGCCCGAAGAAGGAAGGGAAGUCGGUGCUCAUGCAAGGCCUAGAUAUCUGGCGGAGGUUAUCCUUCCGGACAUAUCCUAUUGUCACUGAGCAGUAUCGCUCCAACGGCAUCGAAGAGCCAGAAUCAUGGCGGGAUGAAUUCUUUCUGCUCCGCGACAUGGAAGCCAAACGCUUCGAAGAGCUCGGAUCGCGCCUAAGAACAAUACGUCAAGAAGCGGCGGACCGCAGGAAAGAAACACAGAUCAAGAUUACAGAUCGUCUCCCUCAAACCAAACGCUCUCGUAACUGGGGAGCAUAUCAGCCGAAGACCUUAUUACAGAAGACACGAUCAGAGGCCGCGCGUAUGCAGAAGGGCAUUUACGGCACGCCAAUGAUUCCUCCUAUGCCUACCGCUAAGAAUUACCGUGUGACUCCCUCUGUGCCUAGUAUCAAGCUCCCGCAGGCGUUCGACAACAUCAAAGGACCAUUCGCCACCAAGCAAGACGUCGGCUAA